GAAGAGGCUCAGGCAUGGCGGGCUGCAGGUCCGGAGCCCUGCCCCGCGGGGAGGCAGCUAAGGCCCCGCGAGAAAUCGAGCGCAGCGCCGGUGGGCUGGCACUGCUGGGGGACCCAGCGCACCCUCCUCAGCUGCUGGCCCGGGUGCUAAGCCCCUCAUUGCCCAGGGAGGCGGGGACCGCCAAGCCUACGCCAACCCGGAACUCUAGCUGGCCCGCAAGGGCGGCGCGCAGCUCCGGUUCCCGCCCGUGCCUCUCCCUCCGCACUUCCCCGCAGGCUGAGGGAGCUGGCUCCGGCCUCGGCCAUUCCAGGAAGAGGCUCCCACAGUGCAGCGGCGGGCUGAAGGGCUCCUCAGGCGCGGCCAGAGUGGGCGCCCAGGCCGAGGAGGCGCCAAGAGCGAGCGAGGGCUGCGACGACUGCCAGCAUGCUGUCACCUCUCACUAUGACUAUCUGGGAUCUGCUUUAUAAAUAAACAAGCCAAAAGAAAUACCCUCAAGACCAAGACCAACACAGGAAAACAUCAGUGUUCAUAGCUGCCAUAUUCAUAAUGGCUAAAAAUGUGAGACGACUGAAAUGUCUGUAAGUAGUGAUUUGGAUAAUAAAUUAUCAUGUAUUUAUUUAACAAAAUACUAUAUUUUUAUGAGAAUAAAUAAACUAAAACAAGAGCAUGGAGAAAUCUUAUAAAUAAACCUUGGGGGACAAAAUCCAGACACAAGAUACUACAUAUACUGUAUGAUUCCAUUUAUGUAAACCCUAAACAGGCAAAAUUAUUUUUGUUUUAGAAAUCAUGAUACUGCCUAAAAUGGCACUUGAUGGGGGCUGCCGGGCUGCUGCUUACAUUCUGUUUCUUGAUCUGUUUGCCUAUUACAAAAGUAUGAUGGGUUUGUAAAUAUCCAUAGAGCUGUAGACAUAUGAAUUUUUCCUUUCCUGUAGAUAUGAUGUAAUUCAAUACUCCUUACCUACUUAAGAGGUACUGUUUAAAAGAUCACCCAAUAAUCUCAAAUUACUAACUGUAACUUAAAAAAACUUGCAAGGCCUUGUCACUGAAAACUACAAAAUAUUAUUGAGAUAAACACAAAAAUAAGUGGAGGGACAUACCAUGUUCGUGGCUUGGAAGAUUCGUUAUUGCAGAUAUAUCUAUUUUAUUCAAGUUGAUAUUAAAAUCGAAUGUAAUGCUAGGAAAAAUUUUACAAGAAACAUGACAAAUAUUCUAAAUUUUAUAAAAAAUAAAAAUUGCCAAUGCACUCUUAAACAAUAACAACAAUAAAGGACUAGCUUUAUCUGUCAUUAAGACUUAGAAAGUUUCACUAAUGCAAUGCAAUAUUGAUGCAAAAAAUAUAUGAACUGCCCAAAGAAAAACAAUGAGUCCCAAAACAGAACCAAAUAUUUAGGGAUGCUUUAUUUGUUACAAAGCUAAUGUUACAUGCUCUUUUCAACAAAUGCUGCUGGAGUAUUUAGAUAGCUGUAUUUUUAAAAACAGCAUUCAUCUCACAGCACUAAUAAAAAUCUAUUUCAGGUACAUUUAGAUUUCCAAAUGUGAAGAACAAAACAAUGCUUCUAAAUAAUUGUAUAAGACACCAUUUUGAAGACCUUGAAAUGGGAAAUCUCUUAAAGAGGAUACGAAAGUAAUUAAUGAUAGAAGAAAAUAUUUUCAAAUUUUAGUUAAAAAUAAGAAAUUCACCUUAGAAAAUAUAAGAUGUAGAAAGCAAAAAAGUAAAACAGAGUGAGAGAAAAUGCAAUACAUAUAACUGCCAUAGAUUUUAUAUUCAAGAUAUGUAAAGAACCCCUACACAUGGGUAAGGAGAAAGGUAACCAAAUGGAAAAUUAUGCAAGCCUUGAACAAAUAUUUUAGAAGAGAAGAUAGUCAAAUAAACAGAUAAAAAGGAGAACAAUUUCUCUAGUAAUCAAGGAAGUGGAAAUGAAAGCCACAAUGAAAUACUGCUACAGACCCAUCAGAAAGACCAAAUAUAAAGUUUGACAAUACCAAGUUUUGGCAAAAGUAGGAUCACUUAAGGGGAAUAUAAAUUUAAGAGAUUUGCUAGGCGGCGGAGCUUGCAGUGAGCCGAGAUUGCGCCACUGCGCUCCAGCCUUGGCAACCAAGCCAGACUCCAUCUC